UCCAGCAUUCCUUGGAAGGAGCGCGCACGCGCAGUAUCUCGCAGACCGGCAGAGGCUAGCGUGUGGAUAAGGUUACGUCGGCGUCUUGUGAGUUUUCGUCUUUUUGAGUUUAAACCUGAGCGUCUCAGUCCACAGUCCUAUACGCCUGGAAUCUUGGGGUUGCUACGGACGUUAACAUUUCUGCACCCGUGCCUCUUACCUUUGGAUUGACAUCUCAGGACUCGCCUUGCCUGAGAAAGGAGCCCUGGAGAGGAAGAAGAGGAAAGGACAAGGAGUCAGGAAUGACUCUUUCUCAGGCACUGUUGACAUUCAGGGAUGUGGCCAUAGAAUUCUCUCAGGAGGAGUGGGAAUGCCUGGACCCUGCUCAGAGGGCCUUGUACAGGGACGUGAUGGUGGAGAACUACAGGAACCUGGUCUCCCUGGAUAUGUCUACCAGAUGUGUGAUCAAAGAAUUAUCACCAAAAGAGGACAUUAAUAAUGGAGACUUACUUCAGACAUUUGGUUUUGAAAGACUUGUGAAGGUUAGGGUCCACAGAUUUGAUGGUCAGGUUGCCUGAAGCCAACUCCUUCGU